GCUUGCUCGAUCUUGUAUACGUACACGAAACGUUUGAGUCCGAGUACAAUUUCAUAUAGGUAUAGAUCAUUCGAUAUGCACUUUAUCGCUUGCCUUGCGGCGUCUCUUGCUGUUGGGGCUGUCGUUGCCACCCCCUCUACGGGUUCCGUCCAGCCGUUCGUCGAAUCUGCGGGUGAACUCAAGUUCAAUCCUGCUAUAUACACGACAGAGAACUUCACUGCUUCGGAUGGAGAAAGUUAUGAAAUUACGUACCUCACGGGCAUGCCCGAGCUCGAAGGCCACUCCACAAGGUCUGCUUUCCAUAGACGACAGCAACCUAGUGACGACCCGCAGAACAGAUGGCGACCCAACAGCAGGUUUCGAGACUCGUGCCCCUUUGGUUCGAUUAGCGGGGACACUGGUCCCAACGCGCCCACCACGGGUCGCUGCAUGGCGGUCCGAGACUGGUGUGCCAAUAACCCGGGGAACUGGGACAUUUUCCCUCUUGACGGAACCAGCGGCUAUUACCCCCUAGUUUCUAGUGGUGCGACAGGCACGACGGCUUGUCACUUCGCUGUCACAGCUGAUGGCGCCUUGACAGCUGUCGGAACUGAUGAUGUGCGGGACUGGGCUAGGGAGUCGCUGGACCGCUUUACGCGUAACUUUAACGGAGUAUACCGUGUUCGCUCGUACGGCAACACGCAGUCAUGCGAGGGUGUAAGGCCAAGGUCAUUGAAGUGGAAGCUCGAUACCCUCCAAGGUAUCCAGGCAGGACGUUAAAUAUCAUGAGUCGACCACUGGCUAGUGAAUGGGUUAAGGAUAUCUCCGGGUAUGCAGAUG